AUGCAGGGAAAUGUAAUUCAAGCUAAGGGUUCAACAUAUACGAGUGAUUUAUUAAAAGCAUUGCCAGAGUGUAAAACAGAAACUGGCAUGUCAGAAAGAUCGUUUAAAAACAAAGCUGGUUACCAAAGUGGAUUUUAUCUGAACGGUCAGUGGCGUUCUCUUCAAUGCAAACCACGCCUUACCCCGUUGUCACCUGAACAAUGUUUAAAAAAUAAAGUGAUUUGUUGUCUUGGCGAUUCUACUAUGAGGCAAUGGUAUUUUGCAUUAAGGAAAUAUCUAAAACUAAAUGACAACCCGACCAAAAUGCGAAGAAAACCUAACCAGCAAAUUUGGCAAGUUCCCCGCGUUGGGUACCGACCUAGUCACAACAUAACUGUCUAUUACAGAGCCCAUGGGCUACCUUUGCAUAACCAUGGACCUCCAGAGUCACAAACUUUUAUUGUGGAUACUUUGAAAGAAAUCGGCACGGCUAACGGGGAAAAUACUUUCGUUGUGAUAAAUCUAGCUUUACAUUUCCAACUGGUAGACCCUAUCUUCUACAUACAAAGAUUACAAGCUGUAAGGAGUGCUAUACUUGAACUCCAGCGACGCACACCUGGUGUUAGAGUAUUUAUACGCGGUUGCAUCAGACAUAGAAAUACAAUAAAAGUUGUGCCAACAGAAUGGUAUAGUUAUAGACUUAACAACAUCCUCCGAAAAACAUUCGCAUCGUUACCGGGUGUAGGUUUUAUUGAUGUGUGGUCCAUGACAACUGUGUUCCCGAACCUUGGAGAUAUACAUCCCACAGCCAAAAGAGUUUUGGAUCAUGUGCGACUGUUUAUGUCAUACUUCUGUUAA